AAGUGUGAUAUUCUAAUCUCUUAAACUUCUUUGUGGAUUUUUCAGAAGAAAAAAAAAAGGAAGGACUUCUUUUAAUUGGGCUGCAAAAGGUGAGCUGGGCCUAUAUCUGAAUGCUGAACUAAUCUAACGACGUCGUAAUCAGAAGAAAUGAGGGGUAUUGAAGUCUUUUCCGAAACUUGACCAAAUUGUACGGCACAAACCUCCAUGGAUGAAGACGAUCGAAGAUGAAGCUUGUGCUAUUAACUAAGCCAAUUACUCUUCUUACAUUAACCCUAAGUGGCACUUUAUUGUUCACACUAGUUUUCCGACCUAACCCGUCAUUUAGAAGACCAGAUUCCAUGGCUCGAAGCUUCAUUUUGUGGCUUCACGGCCUUGGCGACUCUGGACCCGCGAACCAACCCAUCAAGAACUUAUUCACUUCACCCGAGUUCAGGAACACAAAUUGGUCCUUCCCUUCUGCUCCUUCGAACCCGGUCACCUGCAAUUAUGGUGCUGUAAUGCCUUCAUGGUUUGACAUUCAUGAGAUUCCGGUUACUGCUGAUUCACCAAAAGAUGAAAGUAGCUUGGUUAAAGCUGUACAGAAUGUACACAAGAUGAUUGACAAAGAGAUAGCUGCUGGCACUAAUCCUAAUAAUAUAUUUGUGUGUGGAUUUAGUCAAGGAGGCGCUUUGACUCUAGCAAGUGUUCUUCUUUACCCAAAAACUCUGGGGGGAGGUGCAGUAUUCAGUGGAUGGGUCCCCUUUAAUUCAUCAUUGAUUAAUCAAAUUUCACCAGACGCCAAAAGGACUCCUAUUUUGUGGUCACAUGGAAUGGAUGACAGAACAGUACUGUUUGAAGCAGGACAAGCUGGCCCCCCAUUCCUUGAAAAAGCUGGUAUAAGUUGCGAGUUUAAGGCGUAUCCUGGUCUUACUCAUUCAAUAAGCAAUGAAGAGCUAAAGUAUCUGGAGUCAUGGAUCAAAGCUCGUCUGCAAAGUUCUUCUUAGUUCUUAGAGAUUUAAUGGUGAUAUCACCUUAUUAGUAAGUCAUUAUUGCUGAGCAUCACAUUCAAAGGGAAAAAAACUACGGUUUCAACACCUUUUCUGGGACUGGUAUUCUGUUUGCUUAUAUGAAUAAGUUUUUAUUUUUAAAAAACCACAUCUUUAUAUGUUUUUAUCUUAAUACAACUAAAUACCAUUUGCACCAA